UGGAUUUCAAUGCACACCAAAAUGAAUAUAUGCCAUUUGGUGAAUGUGGGGAUGUGAAAGAGGAUAUAAGCAAAUGGGGUAAUGGUUUUCCAACAACUCUAUGCUGUCGAAAUGCACUGACCCUUCUGUCAGAUGCCAUGGCGUCACAAGCCCGUAACAGAACAGGACAAGUGUUCCUUUCUCAAGAACAAUGGCAGAGUUGCAACAAAUCAUUUCAUCCACAACAAGGGAUGUCACUGUCUUCAUGUGGAUUUGAUAAUAUUUACUUUGGUAGCUCUAAAUGCUCCAGCUCAACUUUGCUAUAUGUUCAGAACUUGCAACCGUACACUGAUGCAUUGAACCAAUGCAGCCACUUCGAUCAUUCGCUUGAUGUGUCGUGUGCAGAAUGUACAGGUGCAAUAUUGAACCUGAGAGAUGAUUUGUAUCAAAAACUAAUCGACAAGGACAACAACGACACUGAGAGAGCCAUAUGUGGCGUAGCAGCUCUUGUUUCUGUUGCAGCCGAACAAAAAGAUGACCCUUUCCUUGCAGACAAAUUCUUGCGCUGCUUGCCACCUCCAUCAGUAAAUAUAAAGAAAUCAUCAGGGAAGAAACUUGUGUUGGGAGCAUUGGUGGUAGCUAUCGUAGCAUUAUUGGUGAUUGUUUUUGUGGUAAAAUGUGUAUCGAAGAAGAAGCCUAUUAAGAAGAAGCAUGUUCAAUUGAAACAGAUAACUACUUGGUCUGGAUUGUACUGGUUCACAAAAACUGAAAUUGAAAAUGCAAUGAAUUUUGAAGACGAAAAGAUAAACCUUGGACGUGGUAGUGCAGGUGAGGUGUAUAGAGGCGUUUUGCCUAGUGGUCAAGUUGUAGCCAUCAAGCAUUUGAUAAAGAAUAACACCUCUAGUUCUGAUUCUUUCACCCGAGAACUCGCUGGUCUUUCGAGGCUUCGUCACCCAAACCUUGUUUGCUUGUUUGGUUGUUGCAUGGAAGAUGGUGAGAGAUAUUUAGUCUACGAAUUUUGCGCCAAUGGAAAUCUUGCUCAACAUCUCUUGAGAAGAGACAGCCAUUUGACAUGGGAAACAAGAGUGAGGAUUUUGAAAGAAUGUUCAUUUGCACUUAAGUACCUUCAUCAACAUAUAGAGGGUUGUGUCGUCCAUCGAGAUAUCAAGCUUACGAACAUUCUUUUGACUGAGAAAUACGAAGCCAAACUGUCGGAUUUUGGUUUGUCGAGGAUGAUGGGGAUGGAAGAGAGCAAGGUUUUUACUGAUGUUAGAGGAACCAUAGGUUACAUGGAUCCGGAGUACAUGAGCAAUGCAAAGUUAACAUGUGCAAGUGAUGUAUAUAGUUUCGGAAUUGUUGCUUUGCAAAUUCUGUCUGGACAGAAAGUCAUAGAAUUGGAUCUUGAUGCUAGAGAUCAACUCACUAGAAAGGCAAGAGAUGUGAGUUUGGGAAAGCGUCCAUUGUCGGAUUUUGUAGACUCGCGACUAAAGGGACAAGUUGAUAAGGAUGAUUUUGGAGACAUUUUACAGAUUGCAGUACUUUGUGUUGCCAAAUCAAGCACAGGACGCCCAACAAUUGGGGUUGUUUUUGACGAAUUGGACAAAGUCUACGGGAACAUAGAGGCGCGCAACAAGGCAACCCCAUCAACAUCAACAUCUAGCUCUAAUUGAUUCGUCUUCGAAGUGGCCGUGUAUAAUAUGUGUGCAUAAUUAAAAUUGAAGAAGUGAAAACAGAAGACGAAUAUGUACAUUACGGUACAUAUAAUAU